GUCGGUGACUCCGGGAGGACUGUGCUACAACGAAAGGAUCAUUUUUCGGGAGCGAGUUCGAAGCUAGGCAAGUCCGUUCAGAAGGGAAUGGACGGCGAGGAAGGAGGUGGUAUAAGGCUGAGCAAGAGGUUCUCCGACAAGGGCGGAGAGGUAGACUACAAGACCAAGGCCGGCACUGCUUGGAGCCAUUCUUAUCUCAACCAGAAGCCAUGGCACCCCCUUUCCUACCCUAAUCAACGCCGUAAGUGGAUUGCAGAGCAGACUCACGCCCACAAACAACGCCGCGCCGAGGAGGUCGCUCGUGAGUAUGCCCAAGAGCAGGAGUUCUUUAACCAGACUGCUCUCAUCUCCAAGAAGGAGAAAGAAAAGAUGGAAAUCAUGCAAGCUGUUAGCUUCAUGUAUGUUCGGCCUCCGGGGUACAAUGCUGAAAGUGCUAAAGCGGCGGAGAUGGCUGAAGAGAAGAGAAGAGAGGACCUGAAUCAGCCGCCACAAGAUCCAAAUGCUCAGGGAACAUCCUCUUCCAUGCUACCUGAAACCUCACGUGGUAAGGACCAAUUGAGUGGAGAAAAGAAGAAACCAAGGCCAAAGGAUGUGUUUGGGCGUCCUCUACCAACUGAAGAAGAAUUCGAAAUUCUAAAAAAUGCUCCACGGAUGGACACAGGAGUUGCUGGCAGGGUGAAACCUUUUGGUGUUGAAGUCCGUAAUGUGAGGUGUUUAAGGUGUGGGAAUUAUGGUCACCAAAGUGGCGAUCGUGAGUGCCCAUUGAAGGAUGCUAUAAUGCCUAAUGAAGAGAAUAGGUUGAAAAGGGAUGACCCUUUGAAUGCUAUCCUUGCCCACACAGAUCCCAGUGAGCAUUUAAAGUGGGAGCUGAAGCAGAAACCGGGAAUCAGUCCCCCUCGGGGGGGAUUCAAUCCAGAUGAUCCUAACCAACAGAUAGUUGCUGAGGAAAUAUUUGACGAGUAUGGAGGUUUUCUUGGUGGCGGAGAUAUCCCUGAGUUGUUAACAGCCUUCUCUAAGAAGCCCAAAAAGAAAUCAAAAAAGAACAAGCACAAAAAACGACAAUCAGUACAUUCAGAAAAUGAUAGUUUUUCAGAGGGAGAUAGGAGGUCAAAGAAGAAAAAACGUAAGGUGAACAAAAGGAAGCAAAAUCAUUCAGAGUCAAGUUCAUCAGACGCUUUGGACUUUGAAAAGGAUCAAGAAAAUAGCAGGCACCAGCAAUCUUGUUCAUCAGAAGAUUCGGAUAGUGAUAGGGAUGAUCGAAGAAGAAAAAUCAGACAAAAGGAGUCGUCCAAAGAUUUGGACUAUCACGGGCAUAGGAGUAAGAACAGCAGGCAAAGGCAUUGUUUUUCAUCUGAGGAUUUUGAUCCUCGUGGGUACCAUGGAAAUCACAAGCAGGGAAAUAAGCACACGUAUUCUGAAGAGUCUGACCGUAACAGUGAUGAUCUGAGUAGAAAGACUAAACGAAAGCAUUCAUAUUCAACUAUGAGGCCUGACCCUACUGGACAUCAUAGGAGUAAAAUGAGCAGAAAAAGACAUCCUUAUUCGUCUGAGGAUGAUUCUGGGCCUGAUGGGUAUCAUGGAAAGCACAAGAGCAGAAAUGGGCAUUCUUAUUCAUCUGAUGAUUCUGACCAUGGAAGACAGCACAGGGAUAAGACCAAGCAUACUUCAACAGCCAAUUGCGACUCUCAGAAGCAUCACAGACAUAGAUAUUACAAGAGCAGAGAUGAGCAUUCUUAUACAUCUGGAGAUUUUGGUAGAGACAGGGAUGAUCAAAGGAGAAAGGCCAACCAAAAGCAUUCCAAGCGUUAUAGGAGCAAAAACAGUAAGAAAGGGCAUUCCUAUUCAUCUGAGACUGAGGAUUCUGGUUCUGAUAGCUAUCAUAGAAGCCGAAAGGGCAGGAGUUGAGGCGUGAAAAACAAAAAGAAGAGCAGGAACGAACAUUUCAUCUGAUGAUUCUGAUCAUCAAAGGCAUCUUAAGAGUGUAAAGCAGCAGCCACGGGGGCUAAUCAACGUCCUUGGCAGCUACCGUUAGUAAUUUAGUAUCCUGCGAAAUGAAAGUGGACGCAUCAUAUUAACACUCAUGAAGAGGUUGAUCCUGUGCAUGUCUUAAGGUAUUAAACACUGUCUCCGAAACCAUCAUCAUGGUUGCCUGUCUGGUCCAGAAUGAUUGUUCUGCUGUAUUGAAAGGGAAGGGUUGGCUCUGUUCUGUGCACUAUUGAUAUGGUUGAGCAAGUUUAACAAAUUCAGAUAAAGUUCCAACGGUUCUGCUGCUCAAGUUUUCGUAGUUCAUUUUCUAUAAUUUUAUUGGGUUAUUUAUAUGGAUUAGACUGGAUGAAGUGUUUUAUAUCUUCACUGCGACGUUCUCUAAUUAAAAUAUGCCAAAUAUCUGGUUUGCCAGUA